GCAAAAGUUGCUACUUUGUGGUGAGCGGUUGUGUGAGUGAUUCUGUUGAUGCUGUUGUUGAUGCUGCUCUCCACACAUUAUACUUCAAUGUUGGUCAUAUAUAGUAAUAAUUAAGGGCUUUAGGUUGAUGCUUGUUGCUGUCAUUAGAUCGUGGAUUGCGAACUGUCCUAUAGUAAAUCAAAAUGGCAGAUGGUAUGCUUUUGCUCUCCUGGAACAGCCACCAUGCCACAUUUUGUGAUAUACUCUCAAGACUUCGAGAAAAGGAGAGCUUCACAGAUGUGACCUUGGCAUGUGAAGGAAAGUGUUAUCCUUUACACAAGCUGGUGUUGUCAGCCUGUAGUGAAUAUCUUGAAAAGAUAAUUAAAAGUACACCAUGUAAGCAUCCUGUUAUUGUGCUUCAGGAUAUUCGUUGCAGUGAGCUAGAAGCACUUAUAAACUAUAUGUAUGUUGGUGAAGUUAAUGUGCCCCAAAGUUCCCUCACUUUCCUCAUCAAAGCUGCAGAACUAUUGCAAAUCAAAGGGUUAGCUGUUCCUGAUGAACCACCCUCAACAAAUAAAAAGAAAGCUAGUACUCAUGUUAGUGAUGACCAAACUAGUCCACAAGUUAAACGAAAGAAAUAUGACAGUAGCAGCAGCAUCUGUCAACAAGAACACACUCAGAUCUCCAGUAGCCCUUCACCACACCACAGAGAGAGAAAACAUACAUCAGAUUAUUCUAAGACACAGCCAGCAAAUGCAGACCAAGUUGUUGACCAACAUCACUCAUCUGAAAAUUCUCUAGGAUGUAUUCAGGAUGUGUUUGUUGAAACUGGUAUAAAAGAAGAAGUUUUAGAAGACAUAAACACUGACAUAAAUUUAAAUGCAGCAGAUCCUGGCUUGGAUUAUCAAACUCAUAAUAAUUCCUCUUACGAAGUGGAGGAUACCAGAAUAGAAAAUAAUACAGAAGGAAAAGGCAGCUUUCCACUAUCUGUUGAAUAUGAAAGGCAAUCUCUUGAUCAUCAAGAAAUGCUGUCACAGGCACCCAUUGUAUCUGUUAGUGCUUCAGAGGUUCAAGGGUGGAUGACUGAGGGCACACUUGGAGGAGAGUUGACAGCAGUGGAAGGCUACAGUGGGGUUGGAGUCCUUGAUUCAUCUACCAUGAUAACUCAGCAGGGAGCAACUUCACAAGAGGAACAAAUGGUAUAUGUGGAUGAUGAAAGGAGAGAUCAAAAGGGAGCAUGGGGGCCAUGGGAGAUGCAGAAUACUGUUAAGAAAAACUUCGACUGUCCUAUUUGUUGCCAGAGUUUUGGCAGCAGUUCUCUUUUGCUUGUUCAUAUUCGGAAACACACCAAGAAACCAUAUUUGUGCACACACUGCCCCAAAAGUUUUAUGUACAAUUCCAUCCUUAAAGUUCACUUACGGACACAUACAGGAGAGAAACCCUUUUCUUGCCCUCAUUGUGAUUACAGAAGCUCUCAAAGUGGUGCUCUGAGAACUCAUAUGCGAACUCAUUCCAAAGAACAUUAUUAUACUUGCUCUGAAUGUUCCUAUAAGUUCAUUAAGUUCAGCAGUCUCAAGCGACAUAUAGCUACACAACACUUAUAGUUUUACUGAAAUGACUAACAAAUGGCACACUUCUCUAUUUUAAUGUAACAUGUUUAUGUAAAUAACAAAGUAUAAAUGAAUAGCAUUAAGAGGAAUCUCACUCUUCAGACUAUUCAAAGGCACUAGUUUUGGGUGAACUGAUCACCUUAAAAUGCAUUAAACUAAUACACAGUAUAUUAAAGUGCAACAUUUAGGAAAAGACUGAAGGGGGGAAAUAAACAUUUUAUUUCCCAAAACGUGCAGAAUUGUUACAAAAUUUUGGUGACUUAUUUCAUACAUUAUAAAAUGUGUGUGUUAAAGUUAGAUAUUUUUAAUGCUAGGCAUAUAAUUAGUGUAAAGACAUGAUUAAUAAAUAUACUAUAAUGUGAGAGUCAGUUGUACUGUACAAUAUAGGAGAGACUCACAUAUUGCAUGGGUUACAUUCAAAAUACAGCACUGUAUAUAAUAUUGCAAUACAUAAAGUGAAGAACAUACAGGACAAUAGGGCUAGGUUUUAAAGACCCCUCAAAAAGCAAAUAAGUUAUUUUUUUAAAUUUUUUAAUUCUUCAAAUAUGCAGCUGUCAUUGCCUACUGGCCCAUAUAUCUGUCCAACCUACUUUCAAGGUUAGCUGCUUGGAUAGCUUUAAAUAAUGGGUUGGAUAUACAGUAUAUAUAUAUAAGCGAGAUGGAUUUGCUAUGAGAAGUACCUGCCUAGUUGAGUAGGAAUACUGCCCUGCUCCUCUAUUUUUAUGUUUUAACAUUUUCAUCUGUUAAGCACAUAAGAGUACUUCAGUAGGCCUACUGCAGUACUCUUAUGUUAAGUGCAUGAGAGUACUGCAGUAGGCCUACUGGCUAAUAAAUACUGUGCAGGUCCUAAUCAAAUACAGCCCUUCUAACUCAUAUCUGUCCAACUUGUGUUUAAAGCUACCCAAGCUGUUAGCAUUAAAAAUAAGUUGGGCAAAUAUAGAUGUGAGAUGGGUUGGGUGUGAGAAGGAUCUGCCUAUCAUUAGUCAGUAAGCCUACUGCAGUGCUCCUCAGUUUUCGUAUUUUAAUGAUAUACAGUAGUUUCACCCCUCAAGGGAGGUUCCUAGAAGCUGGUGAGAGGCUCUUGAUCUAGGGAAUUGAUCUGUACUCCAGUUCCCUGAAUCGAGCCUGAAUACCUUCCAUCCUCCCCCCUCCACAUGCACUGUGUGAUCCUACAGGUUUAGCAGUUUAGCACUCCCCCAUAAUUAUAAUUAUAAUCAGUAGUUUCAUUUGGGUUGGUCCUGCACCAGGAAGCCCUGGUGAAAGGGGUGGAUGUGGGCCUGUACAAUACCUGCACAAAUACUAUAUGCAGCAGCCAGUAUUAGCUACCACCAUCACCUUUCACUCCUUUGAUAAAUGAAACACUUGUACAACAUUUGGGUAUGUUCUGGAAACGUUUCACCACACAGUGGCUUCUUCAGUCAACCUUUUUCUACAUUGGGCUGAAGAAGCCACCAUGUGACAGAAAGUUUCCAGAAUAAAGAUAUCCAGAUGUUGCACAAGUUUCUCAUUUAUCACCUUGUUGGCUUUAUAAACCAUUGAUUCACACCUUUCACCACUGCCAACAUCAGUAAAAAUAAGCCACACUUCCUUACCAGAUGUACCAGUGGUUGUUGUUGCUUACUGAUAUGCAAGUGUGCAUCAAGGGUUAAUGUAGCCUUGUACAAUACAUAUACAAAUGAGGCAGGUACUAUGGCCUACCACUGUCCCUGUCAACUUGGGUAAAAGUAAGCCAUAGUUCCUUACCAAAUCAUGCCAAACAUAUCAUGACCUCACUGCCCAUAUACCAAACAUACUUAAAACAAAUGUGUAUACACCUUCCUUGGUAAUUGGUACCAACAAGUGGUUUAAAAAGGCAGUGAUCAAGGACAGGUGAUCAGGGUCUCGGGACCAACACAUUUUCUAAUAACUGUGUCUUAGUGUUUGCUCACAUGUCUUUUUAAACUAAAGAUGAAUACACUUGAGAAGGUAAUAACCAAGAAAAAUAUAGUACUGCAGUGUGAUAAUAAAGUGGUGUGGGAGUUGCUGUCAUUCUUGGAGGUUUAUAGAAUAACCUAAGCUUACGCUGUAUUACUCCUCAUUUUAGUCAGUUGCCAACUUUUCCAAGGUUGUAGAAAUCUCUAAGUAGAAACGUUUUCACAACUUAUGCCUUUUAACCCUUAAACUGUCCAAACGUAGAUUUACGUUCAUGUGCGUAGCGCUCUGACCUUGAUUUUCCCCAUUUGAAAGCAUGUAAAAAAAAACGUAGAUCUACAUUCGGAGCCCCCCAGCACAUGGACGUAGAUCAGUGUUUGGACUGUUUAAGUGUUAAAAACUUUACGGCUCAAAUACCCUUCAAUUUCCUGCUGUGUUUACACUUGAGGAAAAAAAAUUAGUAGGCAUAUACUGUAUAUAAAAACAUGAUAUGUCAGUGUGUGAAAUGUAAGAUUCUACUGUAUAUUAAAAAUGCAGUGUUUUUAUGAAGAAAUAGUAAUACAGUAGAUUCUUGAUUACCAUGGUAGUUACAUUCCUGAAAACUCAGUGCAAGACAAAACAGUGUUAAACUGAAGAACUUAUGGGAAAAAUAGGGUUACAUUCCUUGUACUCCCAAAAAUGACAAACAAAUUUCUUUUUUAAGGUCUCCAAAUUGUAAAAAAUAAAAAUGAUAAUGCAGUUGUAGUUCAUUGUUGUGAUAUAUAAUGUUUAAUGCAUUGCUUAAGCCUACAAAUGUUACAGAAAUAAUAUUUUUUACCUUAUAUUGUGGUUGUUGCUAUAUGUCAAUGAUUCUGAAGGGUAAAGAGGGAUGCUGUGGCACUACUGGACUGCAGUGGAAGGUUGUGGAUUGUUUGCUGAGGUGGAUGGUUGAGGCUUUGGAAUUAAAGUCAAUGGUUGUACUGGAGUAGUCAGAAAUUUUGUACUUGUGCAAAAAUAUGACAGGCUAUUAUCUGUUAUCACUUGCAUUUUUUUUUUUCAACAUGAUGGCCAUCUCCCACUGAGGCAGGGUAACUCAAAAAGGAAAGAAACACUUUCACCAUCACUCAACACUUACAUUAACACUUACACACAAAAUCACUGUCUUUGCAGAGGUAUCCAGACAUGACAGUUUAGAUGUCAGUCCUAACAGCCAAUAUCUCAAACCCCUUCUUUAAAGUGCAGGCAUUGUACAUCCCACCUCCAGGACUCAAGUCUAACUAACCAGUUUCCCUGAAUCCCUUCACAAAAUAUUACCCUGCUCACACUCCAACAGCUCAUCAGGUCCCAAAAACCAUUUGUCUCCAUUCACUCCUAUCUAACAUGCUCACACAUGCCUGCUGCAUGUCCAAGCCUCUUGCACACAAAACCUCUUUUAUCCCCUCCCUCCAUCCUUUCCUAGGAUGACCCCUACCCCUCCUAUUUUGCUCCAUCUUCUCUAAAUGAUGAAACCACCUCAAUAACCCAUCUGAACAAUACUUUUAGUAACUCCACACCUCCUAAUUUCCACAUUGCAAAUUCUCUGCAUAAUAUUUACACCACAUGGUGCCCUUAGACACAUCUCCAUUGCCUCCAGCCUCUUUCUUGCUGCAGCAUUCACAACCUGUGUUUCACACCCAUAUAAGAGUGUUGGUAGUAUCACUAUACUCUCAUACAUUCCCUCCAUGGAUAACAUUUUUUGCCUCCACAGAUCCCUCAAUGCACCACUCACCUGUUUUCCUUUAUCAAUUCUAUGGUUUACCUCAUCCUUCAUAAACCCAUCUGCUGACAUAUCUACUCCCGAAUAUCUGAACACAUUCACUUCUUCCAUACUCUCUCCCUCCGAAGUGAUAUCCAAUUCUUCUGUACCUAACUCGUUUGAUGCCCUCUUCACCUUACUCUUAUCUAUGUUGAAAGUGAACACUUGCAUAUAUCAGUAAAAAAUACCAUAUUUUACCAGCUAAGACAUGAUUUUUACUAAAUAAAUGUGUCCAGAGUAAUACCAACCAUAAUAUACAUGUCAUAAAAUGGUAAGUUAUUAUCAUAUUUUGUUUUUCUUGGUAUUAUUCUACCCAGUGAAAUGUACUCUUUUAAUUCUUUCACUGUCUUGUAUGUAGCUCUGUGUUAUUGAUGCAAAGGUAGCUUACAUAGACCUGUGUUUUGAGUUCAGCUCCCUCAGAUAAUAAGUGGCAGAUUUUUGCCUAGAUGUGUGAGAUUUAGUCAGUGUGGUGAGUGAGCACAGUAUAAGAAACAUUUGGCCCCUUGCAGUGCAUGAUGGGAAAUGCAAACCUAGGAUUUUUUUUUUUUUUGUAUCAAUUGAUAGAAUAGAAGACACACAGUACUGCUAAAAUGGAGAGGAAAUUGGGUUGGUUUCAGGGCUGGAGGUAACAUAAAAUUGGGUUCAAAGUAGAAGAAAUAUUCAAUUUUUUCCAUUUUUUUUUUUUGGAGGAACAUUAAGGCCUCCCCUAAACCCCCUGAUCGGUUUUAUGUUUUUUUUGCUAGGUCUGCUUCAGUUAUUGGGAACCCAAUAAAGAUAAAGAUUUUAUUUCUUUGCUAAGGUUACAAAGUAUAAGUACAAUUUUGAUUUGUUAAGUACAAAGAAAGCCACUAUCAUGCUGGGGCAUUUCAGGCAGACUAAUCCUAAUACAGUAUUUAAAAACAACUUAAGUCUAGACAGAAUAAGAGUGGUUAUCUUUUUAAUUAUUAAUUAUUUUAUCUUAAUACUAGUGCAAGGUAGUCAAAGUUGAAGGUUUAUAAGAAUAAUAAUCAUGAUGUUGCACAUAAAUAACAGUAUUACAAGUAAUGGUUCAAGCAGUGCCAUUUUAAUUAUAAGUUGUUUUAAUGGACUAGGGGUCAUAUAAUAUUUGGGAGAGUUACUUCAAACUGGUUAGAUGUUGUUUUGGUUGGUUUGAUUUUUAACCCUUUCACUGUUGGUGCCAUAGUAUUACGGCUUGCAAGCCAGUGUCAGUUCUGUAAUAUUACGCCAAAAUUCUAGCGGCUUCAGAUCUAGCGGGAGAAAGCUGGUAGACCUACAUGUGAGAGAAUGGGUUUGCAUGCUCAAUGUGUACAGUAUAAAAAAAAUCGGGGAGCCAAUGGUGCAUUAUGGGAAUGCCAUUUCAGUGGUCCUUGUUCACCAUGCCUUGCAGUAAGAAAUACCUAACUCCCCGGUGAAUUGGGAUUCUUCUCUUCCCAAGUGGUAGUUCUAACACAGAUGGAGGUGCCAGUGAAGAUGAAUUUCAUGGUUUUGAGGAGUUUGUGACCAAAAGCAAUACCCAGGAUACCAGAAAUAGCACUGAAAACCCAGACGACCAUCAAUCUUUCACCUCUGGUGCUGGGUCAUCUUGUUCAUGUUCAGUUAUACCACAGCAAAAGAGGAAACUCAUAUUUUCCCAUGUCUCAGAGAAUAAGUAAGUAAAUAAGUUUAUUCAGGUAUACACAAAUGCAGUUACAUAGAUUAUCAUACAUAGCAGCAUAUGUGUAGAGAACCCUGGAUAACCCAAAAAAGUCAAAGUGACUUAUUUCCAUGUGGGUGGUGGGGAAGACAGAAUGGUUGAUGGGGAAGACAGCAUAGUUGGUGGGGAAGACAGCAUGGUUGGUGGGGAAGACAGCAUGGUUAGUGGGGAAGAUGGCAUGGUUAAUGGGAAAGACGGUAUGGGUAAUGUUACAAUUGGGAUGGAUAAUAUACAUGCCGCAGCAGGUGGUGGUGGUGGUGUGAAGCGUCAUGUAGCACCAGCAGCACCCCAGGCUGGUAGCCAUGCUGCUGACUCAGCACAUCCACAACAAAGGCCACCUUGAACCACCCACACCCCACAACAACCUGCACAACCACAACCACAAUAACUCACCCACAAAAAUGCAGAGACAGUUGUUUUAUGUGUGAGAGGUGUAAAACAGCACUCUGCAUAACACCACGUUUCAAAGAGUUCCACAAGCUGCAGCACUUCUAGGAACGUGUCCAGUGACUCUAUACGUGUACAUAUAUAUACAGUGGACCCCCGCAUAACGAUUACCUCCGAAUGCGACCAAUUAUGUAAGUGUAUUUAUGUAAGUGCGUUUGUACGUGUAUGUUUGGGGGUCUGAAAUGGACUAAUCUACUUCACAAUAUUUCUUAUGGGAAUAAAUUCGGUCAGUACUGGCACCUGAACAUACUUAUGGAGUGAAAAAAUAUCGUUAACCGGGGGUCCACUGUAUAUUAUAGAACAAUAGUAAUAAAUAACUUUUUUAAUUGCUGGUUUGUGUAAACAAGUUUUGUAAACAUUAUAAUGGUAAUAUUUGUGUGGUGAUUGUGUUGCAAACAAUGAGUGGAUAUAUAUACAGUGUGCAUUACAGUGGACCCUCCAAUUAACCCGUUCCAGACACCCAAAAGUAUUAAACAAAAUAAUUUUUUUUACAUGAAAUAUACAUUUCCCUACACAGAAAACAAUGAGACAUGCAGAAUAAACAAUACUAAAAUGACACUUUCCUUUAUUGAAGCCUUAUUAAUGAGUGAUGAGACAGGAGGAGGGGAGAGGAUGGAGGUGUACUAUAAAGACUUCAGGUACCCAGUCCUUUUCUGGGGUUACUUCCCUUCUUUGUUUUUUAAUGCCACUAGGACUAGCUUGAGAGUCACUGCACACCUGUGGCACUAAAUAUCUGUCCAGAGAGCUCUGUUUCUGGCAUCUCUUUAAAAUUUCCCUAAAAUGGGACACAACAUUGUCACUGUAGAUGUUGCCAGCAUGGCCUGCAACAGCUGUGUCAGGGUGAUGUUCAUCCAUAAAUGUUUGCACAUAAGAAGCCAGGAAGACUGCAGCAGGCCUGUUGGCCCAUACUAGGCAGGUCCUUCACAAACCAUCCCACUAACAAAAUCAUAUUUGCCCAACCCAAUUUUCAAUGCUUCCCAAGCAAUAAGCUUUGAUAAUUCUGUUCACUCAUGUGCAGGUCCCACUCAAAUCAAAUCAUGUGUGUGGGGAAGUACCCUGGCUGGUGUGUGGGUAAAUACCCUGGUUGGUAUGUGGGGAAGUACCCUGGCUGGUGUGUGGGGAAGUACCCUGGCUGUCAUGUGAGGAAGUACCCUGGCUGGUAUGUGGGGAAGUACCCUGGCUGGUAUGUGGGGAAGUACCCUGGCUUGUGUGUGGGGAAAUACCCUGGCUGGUGUGCAGGGAAGUACCCUGGCUAGUGUGUGGGGAAGUACCCUGGCUGGUGUUCCACCAUCACUACCACCCUCUACCACCACCACUUUCAUAUCUUUCUACCAACUUUUUCUUGAAUUCUAUAGUGUUUCUCACCCUCUUUACCAAAGGGCUGGCACUAGAAACUUCCUUUGGGCCCAUGAUGGCUUAUUUAGCAGUUACAAGCACUAAAGCUGUAUAGCCCUUGUGGCUUAGCGCUUCUUUUUUAUUAUAAUAAUAAUAAUAAUACAAGCACUAAAAGCAAUGGAAUAAUACAAAAUGUAUCGCAUGUAUGCUUGGAAUUGUCCUCACUGGCUUGUAAACAAUGGCACACUGGCCGGGCCACUCAGGCCACGCGGACACGUUCGGGAUGAAGGACUUUAACCGAGUUCUUUGUCGUUAACUGAGCCAAUAUUUUGACGCAAAAGUGUGUCGUUAUCCAAUUUUUACAUUAUGAGAUGUCGUCAUAAACUGAGGGUCCACUGUAUAUUGGUCUUGCAGACCACAAAAGUUACUUGAAAAAAUAAAAUACAGUGGUACCUCGAGUUUUGAACAUUAUUUAAGUGUAUUUUUGGGGGUCUGAAACAGACUAAUCUAAUUUACAUUAUUCCUUAUGGGAACAGAUUCCUUCGGUAUCGGCACACUAACAGCCACCUAGAACGAAUUAAGUUCGUAACUUGAAAAAUAGAAAAAAUAGAAUAAAAGUGUAAAUAAUAUUACCAAGCAAGCGCUAUUUGCCGAUGUUGCCAUUAGCGGUUCAUUUUCUGUCAACUUCACGCCUCUGUAUCUUGGUACCUACUGAUGACAAUUUUUUUUUCUUUUAUAACACUCAAAAAAUCUUUCUUAACAUUUUGGUAAGAAAUAAUUUUUAUUUUUUGGAGGGGAAUAUUUUUCAAAAGAGCAAAUUUGUGAGCAGGGCUCUCAAUAGUAAAAGGGUUAAUAGAUGCACAGCUGUAUAAAAUAAACUCAGUAAUAUUUAUAUUAUACUGAAUCUCCCCUUGAAACCUCUGAGACAGUAAAUAAAUUGCCACAAAUUAAUUUUUCUUGACUAUAGAAACAUGUAACCAGAAAAAUCUGUAGCUCGCUAGCUAAGUUUAUUAUCUUACUGAUAACCACCUUGGCUUACUAUACCUAUCCCCUCACUUCUAAAAGAGAGGUUACUUCAGUAAUUAUGUCGCUGAAAAAUGAAGCAGGAAACAAAGCGAAUAUACUAUCACUAAUAUACUGUGCAAAAAAAGCUGCUUAUGUACUCUCACCAUCUAUUGCAUCAUUGUUCAAUAAAUCAGUCGAAACUAAAAGUUUAAUAUACUUAAGCUAGCAAUGAUACACCAAUUUACAAAAGUGGUGACACAAUAGAAGUCAGUAAUUACAUGCCAAUUUCUAAUUUGCCAUUACUAUAAACAAAUUUUGAAAUAGUAAUAUAUGUAUUCUGUAUACAAAUUUUUUAUUUAUUUUUUUAUUAUCACACUGGCCGAUUCCCACCAAGGCAGGGUGGCCCGAAAAAGAAAAACUUUCACCAUCAUUCACUCCAUCACUGUCUUGCCAGAAGGGUGCUUUACACUACAGUUUUUAAACUGCAACAUUAACACCCCUCCUUCAGAGUGCAGGCACUGUACUUCCCAUCUCCAGGACUCAAGUCCGGCCUGCCGGUUUCCCUGAAUCCCUUCAUAAAUGUUACUUUGCUCACACUCCAACAGCACGUCAAGUAUUAAAAACCAUUUGUCUCCAUUCACUCCUAUCAAACACGCUCAUGCAUGCCUGCUGGAAGUCGAAGCCCCUCGCACACAAAACCUCCUUUACCCCCUCCCUCCAACCCUUCCUAGGCCGACCCCUACCCCGCCUUCCUUCCACUACAGACUGAUACACUCUUGAAGUCAUUCUGUUUCGCUCCAUUCUCUCUACAUGUCCGAACCACCUCAACAACCCUUCCUCAGCCCUCUGGACAACAGUUUUGGUAAUCCCGCACCUCCUCCUAACUUCCAAACUACGAAUUCUCUGCAUUAUAUUCACACCACACAUUGCCCUGAGACACGACAUCUCCACUGCCUCCAGCCUUCUCCUCGCUGCAACAUUCAUCACCCACGCUUCACACCCAUAUAAGAGCGUUGGUAAAACUAUACUCUCAUACAUUCCCCUCUUUGCCUCCAAGGACAAAGUUCUUUGUCUCCACAGACUCCUAAGUGCACCACUCACUCUUUUUCCCUCAUCAAUUCUAUGAUUCACCUCACCUUUCAUAGACCCAUCCGCUGACACGU